AUUCUGUUGAGCACAAAGUAAGUGAAGAUUACAUAUAUAGUAAAGGAAUCGCUGAGCAACAUGGAAGUGGAAAAGGGACAGAAUACUCAAGGAUGCCAUUUAGAUAACACGCAGAGCCUGGAGCUUUUGGAUCUUCUAUUUGAUUGUCAGGAUGGCAUCCUACGAGAUGAGCCCCUGGGUGUAGAAGACGUUUGGGCAGCACCAGAACCACAUGUCCUCAGCCAUGACCAGGAAGCCUUCCUCUACUCUCUGCUGGUACCUGCUGAUUCACCAUCAGACUCUCCCCUCUGGUCGCCCGCAGCCAGUGACAGUGGAGUAUCUGAAGACAUGCACUCAGACCAGCUAGACAGUCCGGCACAGUAUAACCAGUAUGCUGACUCCUGUCAUGUGAUUCCAGGGAAUGGGGAGCAUCGAGAAGGAGAUGUGUCCAUAGACCUGGACAUGUACACAGGCCAAUACUUCCAUGAUGACCACUUAGAAGUGCCGUUGAAUUCACCAAAUUCUUCUUACCAGCUGACAGUGAAAGACCUUCUGCUAUCCAACAGCAGUGACAUGCAUCAGUCCCCAGUUCCCUCCCAACAAGGCCGCACUCCAGGAACAUGUGGUGAGCUCAUACUGACUGAAGAUGAAAAGAAACUACUCAGCAAGGAGGGGGUAUCACUGCCUACCCAGCUACCUCUCACCAAGUAUGAGGAACGCGUCCUGAAAAAAAUCCGCCGUAAGAUACGGAAUAAACAGUCAGCCCAGGAAAGUAGGAAAAAGAAGAAAGAAUAUAUGGAUGGAUUGGAAUCUAGAAUGUCUGCCUGUGCAGCCCACAACCAAGAGCUUCAGCGCAAGGUCCUUCAGUUGGAGAAACACAACGUUUCUCUAAUGGAGCAACUACGGAAGCUGCAGGCCUUGGUGUCUCAGUCUGCAGGAAAGGCCGCUCAAACUGGGACCUGUGUAGCAGUCCUAUUAUUGUCAUUAUCUCUCAUCAUCUUUCCAUCACUUAGCCCAUUUACAAAAAGUAAAACUCAAGAUGGGGAUGAUUUCCUCCCCGUACGAGUCUUCUCACGGUCCCUUCAUGACAUAGCCUCUUCGCGUGUCUUCCAUCACCCAACGGAGGGCCGAGAGGCUUCUCAUUGGAAUGGCCCUGCCAAUCAAGCACCUGACACAGAACUGGGGCCACUAAGAAAAUACAUUGCCGCGACUAUUGCCAACCAAACAAGACGUCCACCCUUGGAGCCUUUGAUUGCGCAGUACAAUGAACCCAGGAACAUUACUGGUGAAAAAGUUUCACAUCUAGACACUGUUCUCAUAGAUGCGGAAGAGGAGUUACACGAUGAUCCUAUCACAGGGCACAUGAUGGCACGGGUGACUUGGACAGAGCCCCUUGAGCAAGGGGACGAGUUGUGACAUAAAGUCCCAUUGUCUUGGGAGAGACUGAAUGAGUGACAGAAUGCAAGAGUAGGGUGGUUGAUUCCAAACUGAAUCAAAUGCACUGACAUCACAAUGGGUAUGCGAUUUCAGGUGGGGAAUGAGAGACACAUAACCAGAGAAGACAAAGCCAAUCACAGGAAGACAUAGUGCUUCUUCUCACCCCUGAACACAAAUAUAGGACAUACGUUCAUGAGCUAUUCCAUAUACAGAGGUAGCCUGCACAUAUGAUAAACAUAUGAAAGUAGAGAAAGUAUACACAAUCUCAUAUGCUAAGAGCCAGUGUAUCAAUCGAUCUCACAUUAUGUCAUAUGAAGACAAAUAAGGAGUCGGGUUUAUGGUGAGAUCAGACACAAACAUACAUGUGUAUAUAGAGAGAACCAUGGCACACCUAGGGUCUUCUUCAGCACCCUUAUAUAAAGAGAAACUAUAUGUAGAGAUACUCCAUAGUACGUACAUCAUGAUACUCUGUUUAUUGAGAGUGAGAGGAAAUUUAUAAUCUCAUGCCCAGAGUUCAUAUGAAAAUGAAGCACACAAAUAUUAAGAGAUCUUAUCUCUGUAUUGUGACAGGAAAUGUCUGCAUGGACAGAUUUUAUACAUAGAAAAUAUAUUUAAUGUGAAAACCCAAACAUAGAGAGAUCUCAUGUAGAGAAUGUGUAGAGAGUGAACGCCCAUAAUAGAUUGUUUAGUAUGCAAUAUUUUACAUUAGAGGAUAAGCCCUGGUCUGAAUGGUAAGCAUCAGAUAGCUUUAUUUCUGUAUUUUUUUUCAACUAGACAAGAAUUCCUAGAUCUAUUUCUGUUGCAAUCUCUUUAAAACUGUAAGCUGUAACUGUAAAAUUUCAUCACUUUGCUUUAUUAUUAUUA